CAUACAAAUUUUUUAACAUAUGUAUCUCGUCAAGUUGUUUUAAAACACAAACAAUAAGUCAAUCUCAAAAUCAUGAGUGUGUUUUGCGUGCACUGUUUUUAAAAAAAUAAAUAAUAUAAAUGCCCAAUAUUUUGCGGGAGGUGAGAAAAUCGCUUCUUUGAUGUAUAGAUCUAAAUUUUCAAUUUGGAUAUAAGUGCUGCUAAUUUAGCUCUUACCCCGAUUGAUAUUCCUCAUUGCUCAGUUUAAUAAAACUGUGUGGAAUAUUACUCAUAAUAUGCUUAAAUCAUCGUCAAAUACACAAGAAUUGCGAUUACCCCGCACUGAACAUAAUGGAUCCGCAUUAUUAUCAAAUUUGGAUACUCUCAAGACAUCUUUUUUACCAGACCUAAGUAACAACAUGGAAACAAAUAACAUUAUAAGUACGUCCACGCAAUUUUGCCCAAUGUGCGCACAACAUGUAGAACGUCAACAUGCUGCUGAACAUAUACAGCAGUGUCAUGGAAUAAUAACAGGCAAUAGUGGAAUUAUAAUGCCUCCUAAUCUACAAAAUGUUGAAGCAAAUAGUUCAAAAAUAGAUUAUACCUGUCAUAGUUGCGAUGAAAAGUUUUUAACAGCACAAGAAUUUGAUGAGCAUAAUAGAAUUGUUCACCAAGCAACAACAUUUGUAGCACGUUGUCUAGCGUGUGGUAUGUAUGGAGUUUCUACAAUCAGUCCUCAGGAAAACGACGAAUAUAAAUGCCUGCAUUGCAGUUCAAUUUGCAACGCUGCAAGUUUGGGCAUUGCACAAAAUGCAUAUAUUGGGCAACAAACAGAAAGACAAAAUGCAAACGAAGUGCCAUCAAUACAAACUGUAGAUAUAAACUCUUUAUCUAGAACCGAAGCACAACGCCAUCAAGCACAAACUUUACUUCAGCAACAAGAUCCAUUACAUAUUCCAAUUCAACAACCUCAAUUGCAACAGCAACAACAUCAGCAGGAGCGAAAAUCUGAUGAAAGGCAAGAAGAAAUACAACGUAAAGUUCCACCACUUACCGUGAAACUUAAUAAAAACAAUGGAAUUGGCGAUCCUUAUCCUCAUGUAGUUGUAAAGCAAGAGCCUGUAAGCGUUAGUGAUAACGGCAGUGAUGGUGCUUCAACUUCUAUACCUGUAUUUACUAUUCAGCAGCCUGCAAAUAUCGGGUCUCCAACAAACACAUCUGCUAUAAUUGGUGAUGGUCUCACUACAGUUGUAUCAGGAAAUAAAGUGCGCCACAAGUGCGCUGAUUGUCCGAAAACAUUUAAAACUCCAGGAACACUUGCUAUGCAUCGCAAGGUGCACACUGGCGAGGCAGACGUUACGCCUAAAGAACGUCCUUUUACGUGCUCAUAUUGCGGCAAGUCUUUCACACAAUCGAACACCCUUAAACAGCAUACGCGCAUUCAUACAGGUGAGAAACCUUUUAGAUGUGGCUAUUGUGGCAGGGCGUUCACUGUUAAGGACUACCUGAACAAACAUUUAACAACUCACACGGGGGAGAAACCAUAUCAUUGUGGUUAUUGCGAGAAGUCAUUCAGUGUGAAAGAUUAUCUCACGAAACAUAUUCGGACGCACACUGGGGAGAAGCCAUAUACUUGUCCGUAUUGUGAUAAACGUUUUACUCAACGCAGCGCUUUAACAGUUCAUACCACGAAGCUGCAUCCGCUCUAGGAAAGACCAGAACGAAGAAUGCAUAUAAAUUCAUAACAUAAAUUCACAUCCUAAAAUAAUUAUGCAUUAAAAGCUUUUAAAUGAAAAAGGAAAAUAUAGAGAGAUGAGAGAGCAACGCUGUUUUUGUAUAAUAACUACUGCGUCAGUUGAAUUAUUUUCCUCUUUUCUAACUUAGUAAGUAAAUAGAAAAAUUAAGAAAUAAACUAUCUGUAACAGUGAUAUCCUCAAUGUUAUGUAUAAUUUUAAGCUCUGUUAAAUAAUUGUUGAUCGUUGGUGACUUAGUCAACAGAAACACAAAGUAAUCGAUAUUCUCAAGAACAGAAAAAGUCAUCUGAUUUUAAAACAUGAGAAGAGUUAAAAUCUCCUGUGCAUUUUAAAAGAAAAAACUAGAACUCGUCAAUAUGAUCUUUCUCAAGUUUGCGUUAGUAAUCUUUACACUAUAUAGAGAUUAAGGAGUGAAAGUUGUAAUGAAAUUUGAAGAUUUUGGUUAUAGACUUUAUAAAAGUAUUGGAAAGAAAAAGAAAAAAAUCAUAAUUUACAAGAUUAAUCAGACAUUGAAAAUAAUCAUCACUACAAAGCCCAAGCCUAUGAAGUGGGCUUUGUUUAUUGUUUUAUAUAUUUCUUAAUAUGUUUUAUUUAUUUUUUAAU